AGCGAAGGAGUCAUCUCUUCGCCGCCGUGGUUUUGUGAACGUUCCUAAGCCCACCCUGCCGCGAAGCUUCGAACGUCCCUACGUUAUCGAGACAAAGUAGAAACGGGUCUGCCUGUCCCGCUGCUAGUCGUUUUCGCUGCGAACGCCGCCGCUGCCGCCUGUGCCCCCCAAAAGCGUCCCGCCCUGCCGUCGCCGUCAGACUUGUUUGGAUAGAUGUCUGAAGACCGUCUCAACGCUGUGCUCACUCGGCUCGCGGGACUUCGAGUGGCUCGCGAUCACCUCGGCAGUUUGACAACCAUGUCAGUGCCGGAGUUGGCUGCGCUGGUCGACCGCCUGGAGCAGGUGGCCUUCCGGCUGGAGCGCUGCGAGGGUCAGGCCUUCGGAGGGGGUGGGGGCUCUCCAGCGGCACGCCUUCUGCAGCGUGGCACCUCGGUGGAGCUGGUGUCGGCCUCGGUGCAGGGUUUCGAGGCACUGCUCAGAGGGCCCGUGCAGGCCUACCUCGCCCUCAGCCGCACCAUUGGCGGAGACGUCCAGACUCACGCAAGCAUGGUGGAGAAAGCUCUGAUGACGCAGCGACAGUUCCUAGGUGUCGUGGCCAAGUCCCGACAGCCUGACAAGCACGGUCUUGUCACGCUUCUGCAACCAACGUCCGAGCAGAUCCAAGCAAUUCAGGAUUUCAGGGAGAAGAACCGUACCAGCAAGCUCUUCAACCACUUGUCGGCGAUCAGCGAAUCCAUCGCGGCCCUUGGAUGGGUGACAGUUGCACCUGCCCCAGCUCCGUUCAUCAAGGAGAUGAGCGACGCCUGCCAGUUCUACACUAACAGGGUUCUAGUGGACUACAAGGAAAAGGACAAGACGCAUGUUGAUUGGGCUCGCUCGUGGCUCACAGUGCUGUCAGAACUUCAGGCUUUUGUGAAGGAGCACCACCUGACCGGUCUCGUGUGGAAUCCAAAGGGUGGCGAUGCCAUGGCACUGGCUGGCAGUGGCGCAGCACCAGGAGCUGGUGCAGGAGGUCCCCCUCCUCCGCCGCCCCCACCGCCCGCUGACUUCAUGAACAACCAGAUUCCUGCCGAGGACCCCCGCGCUGCCCUCUUCAGGGACCUCAACAAGGGAGAGGACAUCAGCAAAGGCUUGAAGAAAGUGAGCAGCGACCAGAUGACCCACAAGAACCCCGCGUUGCGGUCACAGGCGCCCGUGGCACCAAAAUCUGCGCCGGCACAGCCAGCUACGCGAUUUGGCUCUAAGCCUUCCCAGGAGAUCACCAAGCCUCCCAAGCUGGAGCUGGAAGGAAAGAAGUGGUGUGUGGAGUUCCAAGUGAACAACCAGAACAUUGUGCUGGAUCAGACCCAGAUGAACCAGUCAGUGUGUGUGUACAAGUGCGUAAACUCUGUCAUCCAGGUCAAGGGCAAGGUCAACUCCAUUGUUAUUGACUCUUGCAAGAAGACGGCCGUGGUGUUUGAGGACAUCGUGUCGGUGGUGGAGUUCAUCAACUGCCAGAGUGUCAAGGCGCAGUCGAUGGGCCGGGUCCCCACCAUCGCGGUGGACAAGACUGACGGCGCGCACAUCUACCUGUCAAACAAGUCACUGGACGUCGAGGUGGUCACCUCCAAGUCGUCCGAAGUGAACGUGUCUGUGCCCACGCCCAGUGGAGACUACAUGGAGAUACCAGUUCCAGAGCAGUACAAGUCCAUCUGGAACGGGAAGGCCUUGACGACGAGCGUCAUCGAGAAGGCAUAAGGCUGCUCCAGCGGAGGUGUCGCACGUCUUCCAACACCUCGUCUUCUCCGCGGCAGAUCGGGAGCGAGCACCCCCUAAUCAGUGCUUACGACGAAAAAAAAAAAAGUUCCAAAAAAACAUCCUUUUCUGCCACGGUACACGACAAAGUGUUUGUGCUGUCUGGGCCAGACAGCAUGCAGCAUUACGAGCAAAGUUCCAACGGCCCAAGUUUUUUUUCUCCCUAUUUAUACGCGCAUGAAGCUGACCUCGUCAACUGACGGCCAGGCUGAUCCGACUUAUCCCUCGACAUUUUGCACUUUUACACUCGCCUCUCUCUCAACUUUUUUUUUUUUAACUAGUCAGUAGGGGUGUGCGAAUAUUCGAAAUUUCGAAUACGGAGUUGAAUAUUUUCCAAUAUUUGACUGUGGCGAACACUUGAUAUUGCUUGCUUGAACAUUCGGAAAUAUUGAGUAUUCGAGUAACAACUUACUUGUGCUAAUAUGCAUACCCAUUAAGCAUACUACAUUGUUGAAGCUUAGCUUCGAUGGAGCCCCCAAUCAGUGUCUUCAUAAAACGUUAUGUGUUAGCUGGCCGCUUAAAGGGGCCCUACACCCCAAAUUAUGCACGUCAUUUUUGAGUGAAAGUACUGAUAUUGAAACAGUGCGUAUGAUAGUUGUAAGUGUUCUGCAUGCUUUUAAUCCACAAAAAUCCACCUCAAUUUCAAGUCGGAGGGUCCUUCUCCAGUGGCGGAAGUGUUGUCAUGGUGCAUCGAGACCGCUUACUUUCUGUCGAGCAGUUAAUUUUCUCCGUGAUAGCUGCCACCUAGUGAAAUGAAAUUAAUUUUUAAAAGAGUAAUGAAUGUUAUCUCUUGUUUUGAAACUUUUUAUGCUACGCACAUUGGAUUCGACAUUUGGAGACUUCUUUCUGCCUCAUUCGUAUUAGAAAACUUCAAUAUUCGCAUACUCCUACUAGUCAGAAACGGGCAAAUGAGUAAGCAAAAACAUCCUAGUAAUCUAAUGUGUGGACUGACGUGAUUCUGAAGUGCUUUUCUUUUUUCAAGCGAGAUGUGUGCGUGGAGAUUGUCCGAGGAUUGCAACCGAUUGCUCAAUAAAGACGUCUGGGAUGGG